AAAAGCACUGACGGGAGAAGCUUGAGCUAGCUACGCCAAUGGCUAUAGGGCACAAGAACACCACCAAAGUGGCGCUCCUAGUUCUGCUGCUGUCAUUGAUGCUCUCUUUGACAGCGUCAGUGGCGCGCAAUCUCCAAUGGCGACUGUCCGUCGCUACGGCUGUGGAGGUGUGCGUGAAGGCUGCUGUCGGGGCUCCUGACAAGCUUGGCGACUGUCCCUUCUCACAAAGGGUGCUGCUCACUCUGGAGGAGAAGAAGGUCCCUUACCGGAUGAGGCUCAUUGACCUCAGUAACAAGCCUGGAUGGUUUCUGAAGAUCAGCCCAGAGGGCAAGGUGCCCGUGUACAACAGCGGCGAUGGCAAAUGGAUUGCUAAUUCUGAUGUGAUCACCCAAGUCAUCGAGGAGAAGUACCCAGCCCCGUCUCUGGCGACGCCUCCAGAAUACGCAUCAGUGGGAUCGAAGAUUUUCCCAUCCUUCGUCAAGUUCUUGAUGAGCAAGGAUGCCAGCGACGACGGUUCGGAAGAGGCACUUGUGCGUGAGCUGCAGGCGCUGGAGGAGCAUCUCAAAGCCCACGGGCGUCCCUACAUCAGCGGGGAGAGAGUAACAGCCGCCGACCUCAGCCUGGCGCCGAAGCUCUUCCACCUGGUGGUGGCGCUGGAGCAUUUCAAGGGCUGGAAGGUGCCAGAAAGCAUGUCCAGCGUCCACGCCUACACCCAGGCUAUGUUCAGCCGCGAAUCUUUCAUCAAGACUAAGCCCACCAAGGAGCACUUGAUCGCGGGAUGGGCGGCGAAGGUGCCCAAGCCGCCCAACCUCGUCGUGCCUUGCUGGCUCAUCUGAUCAGUCGCAGUCGGUGGUGCGUUGCUGGUUCAUUAUGAUUGGGUUGGGAUACAACAAUAAUGCAGCGUGCCAUGUUCCGAUCACUUCCCAGUUGUGGUGGCCAUGUUUCUAUAUCACCUAACGCUGCCGGUUAGGUUCGGGACCGUGGGCAUCUGCAUCGAUCUUUUUCUUUUCUUUUCUUUUAAGAUUACACACCAUAACAUGGCCUUGUGCAUCUGCACUCGUGAUGGGCAUAUUUGUGACGUGGAAAUAUCUUCUUUCUUAAGCGCGCGCUAGUGAGAAUGUUGGGCGCAAAGUAGGCGCGCAU